GCAGGCUCAGGUGCAGAAGCGGCGGUGGCAGCGCAAUAGGAGCAGCUUUGUAGCAAGCCGGAGCGGAGCGCCAGCGGGAGGGCUUCCCUGAAGCAGGAAGCAUGUCCCAAUUUGAAAAUAAAAGGCUAUUAUUUGGCUUAAUGGCAGGAGCUGCUGGAAUAACCUUUGUCCUGUGUUGGUAUCUCAAGACGCACAAACGCAGCAAAGCUAUGCAUUUGCCUAUAUUUCCAAAUUCAGCUAACAGUUUUGAUUUAAUAGAUUUUCCAUAUGAAACUCACAAAGGAGAAAGAGCAGUGUUGCUGUUACAAGGAAGACAGGUUCAGAUAUUGGAGAAAUUGAAUGGCUUAGUAAUAAGUGUGGAAGAACUGAAAAGAGAAGUGACAUUUCUUAAAGAAGCUAUUCCGAAGUUGGAUGAACUUGUUCGAGAUGAACUUCAAGGAAAAACAGGAAGUCGCAGAACCAGCCCUUUGCAUAGGCCUGCGAAGAAGCGAAAGGUUGAGGCAGCAGCUCAAGGCGUAUCUGAUACCACCAGUUCUGAAGAGGCUGAAAGUGAAGGCGGUUACAUUACAGCUCAUACUGAUACUGAAGGAGAAUCUGAGGAAGAAAAAGGAUGGAUCAAUUCUUCCAUAUCUUCUCUGACACCUGAAGAGAAAUUAGUUCUGCAGGAGGUGGACAGACUGCAUGGUGGCUCAGAGCAUGAGAAAAGAGAAAGCUUCAAACUAUUGCUUGAAAGGGAGGAACAGUAUCGAAACCAUCCUGGCUUUCUUUGGAGACUUGCCCGGGCUUAUGGGGACAUGUUUGAGUUAACUGCAGAUGCUGAUGAGAAAAAGAACUAUGCUGCUGAAGGAAAACUUGUUGGAGAGAAUGCAAUUAACCUGGACCCAUCAAGUGCUGAGAGUCAUCAAUGGUUUGCAGUGAUGUGUGGCUACUUGUCCCAGUUUGAAACUAUACAGAACAAAAUCAGGAAUGGCUAUCUAUUUAAGGAACAUCUUGACAAAGCAGUUGCACUUAAGCCACAAGAUCCCCUUUUAUAUUAUCUUACUGGAAGGUGGUGUUAUGAAGUCGCUCAGUUGUCUUGGAUUGAGAAAAAAGUAGCUGCUGCUCUUUUUGGGACUCCGCCAACUUCAACAAUACAUGAGGCUUUGCAGAAUUUUCUGAAGGCUGAAGAAAUACAUCCCGGAUAUUCUAAAUACAACUAUGUGUAUUUGGCAAAGUGCUACAAAGAUCUGGGCCAGAGAAGCAAUGCCUUGAGGUGCUGUGAAACAGCAUUGUCCAUUCUGCCAGUCACCAAUGAGGAUCAAGAAGCUGAGAAAAUUUUAGAAACUUUACUUCCAUCCCUGAAGCUUUGAUGAUGACAUGACACCAUUUUGGUUCUGUGAAAAAGGGCUGAAGACCCAGUUCCCUCUUCUGGAAGCCUUCUGUUGAAUUCAGAAGGAUUUCAGUCCAUUUUGGAGUUAAGAUUUGAGGGGAUGGGGAGGAGUUUUAAUUUUUAAUUAUGGUGAAUUAGUGACAAAUGAGUGGACUGACUUUUCUAAGCCUAUAACUUUUGUACAAGUUACUUCAAGGCCUGCAGUAAUAAGAGGCUUAUGUGCAAUGUCAUCUGUUGAACAGAACAGUCUUGCGUUCCGUCCAUACAACCCUAUUAAGGUGGAUUUGCUGAGGCAGUCAAGCCCGCCUGACCAUUGCAUGGGGCUGCUGUUUCGUGUGAAGGACUGCAGAAGAAAAGUGAAACCAUCUGUCCUUUGCCUCUGGCACUACCCUUCUUUAAGCUGAAGAAAAAGCAAGUCAUUCUGGAUAUGGCUUUAUUUUAGUUUAUUUUAUUAUUUUAUUUCUAUUUUUUGCAACAUCAAGCAUAAAAACAGCUCCACAUUCACUGCCUUUUCUUUUCAUAAGGUUUAUCUCCAACUAACAGGUUGCGAUUCAGGAUCCUUAAUGAAUGGUGCCCAGGAACUUAACCAAGGGAAAUUGUGCAUUUUUUCCCUUUUUUUAAUGCACAGAGACUGUGCAUUUAGCAUUUAAGAUACUAAUUUUAAUUCAUUGGGACUGUCCAAGUGUGAAUCCAUUGCUGGCAAUGGAUAUAUUUGUAGUUACUGAAUGAUGGGCAGUAAUUUUGCUGAGAAGGAUUAGCUAGUUGGUUUUAUGCCUGAAUGCAGAUGUAUGCAGCUGAAUUUUCCUGCUGAACAGACAUGGGAGAUAUUGUGUGUAUGUGUUUGUGUGUGUGUGUUUUCUUUUGAAAAAUAUCAAUUUUGUAGGAUAAUAAGGCUUUGUGGAUAUAACUUUGGUCUCUGAAUCUUAGAUU